GGUUUGAAGGGUUUUGUUUUCAGAACGGCAAUUGAUUAUCCGUCUUAUUUCUAGUCCCUUUUGGCAGAUGGAUGGGCCUUGCAGCUCCAUUGUUUUUACAGCCAUUUUAGUAUAGCAUUCAGAAACAACUGUUGCUUCUAUUUCUGCUCUCUUUUUCUUUCUGGGUGUGAGAAUUUUUGGUCUCACUUGUGGCAUAUCGGGUUGAAUUUGGAAUCUUCUUGCGGUUUGAGUGAGAAGUAGGUUGUGUCAGAGUAACCCCCCCCACCCCCCCCCCCCUUUCCUUCUAAAAUUUUUGGCAGAGGGCUGGAGGGAUUGACCUAAAACUUCCAUCUGAUUAGGGAGUCUUUUGAACUGAGAUUUGGGUCUGUUUUGCAGUGGGUACUUUCUUCAAGUGAUUCUAGUACAGUUUCUCGAAACUAAAUAUCUCUUUCUUGGUUUUGGGUGAUAGUUUGGUGAAUUAUGGGGAGUUUUGCCCCAAAUUUAUAGUUAUUAUGAGGUGGGUUCAAAGUGGUGACUCCAUUUUCAUGGCGUUUCAAGGAUCUGACCGACCGGGCUUAAGAAAUCUGGGGUUGGGUUUCUCGGUGAAAUUCGUUUCAGAUUUGUAGUCUCGAGGGCACAAAAUUGGUGGUUUCGGAAAGCCACAAUUGCAUUGCUCUGAACUCAGGCCUUCAUUUGAUUGAGUUGAAGGGAUUUGCCUUUAAAGGGUUUCUAUUCUAUUUAAUUAUAGUAAGGUCCGUCUUCUUGAAGUUUCAUCUCGCUUGCAUUUGCAGAAAUGGCUUGUAUGAAGUUGGGAUCCAAAACCGAUGCAUUCCAGAGGCAAGGGCAGGCCUGGUUCUGCACCACGGGCCUGCCCAGUGAUGUUGUUGUUGAAGUUGGGGAGAUGUCCUUCCAUCUUCACAAGUUCCCUUUGCUUUCUAGAAGUGGAGUUCUGGAAAGGUUGAUUGCUGAAGCAUCUGGGGAAGGAGAAGAGGGUUGCAUCAUCAAGCUCCCUGAUAUCCCUGGUGGAGCUAAAACAUUUGAACUUGUAGCCAAAUUCUGCUAUGGUGUGAAACUUGAACUUACUGCCUCAAACAUUGUUCACCUGCGGUGUGCUGCUGAGCAUCUUGAAAUGACAGAACAUUAUGGGGAAGACAAUCUGAUUUCCCGUACUGAAAUCUUUCUCAAUCAAGUAGUUCUCCAUAAUUGGAAAGACUCGCUGAAGGCACUACAGACCUGUGAUGAUAUUCUCCCUCAUGCCGAAGAACUCCAUAUCACAAAGAGAUGUAUUGAGUCAUUAGCUCUGAAGGCAAGCACUGAUCCAAAUCUAUUUGGGUGGCCUGUUAUGGGGCAUGGUGGCCUCAUGCAGAGUCCCGGUGGGAGUGUAUUAUGGAAUGGUAUAAGCACUGGGGCUAGGCCGAAAAAUGCUAGUUCAGAUUGGUGGUAUGAAGAUGUAUCAAAUUUGAGCUUGCCUCUUUACAAGAGAUUGAUUUCGGCCAUGGAAUUUCGUGGCAUCAAACAGGAGGUUAUUGCAGGAUCUCUCACUUUCUACGCUAAGAGGUACCUGCCAGGGCUUAAUCGGCGUCAACCGACCAGUGAAUCUAGCAGUCGUUUGGCGCCAGCCCUACCUUCUGAGGAAGACCAGAAGCUUUUACUAGAGGAAAUAGACCAACUACUUCCGAUGCAGAAGGGCUGGGUCUCUACUAAAUUCCUCUUUGGUCUGCUUCGUACGGCCAUGAUUCUUCGAGCUAGCCCAUCUUGCAUAUCAAACUUAGAAAGAAGGGUAGGGAUGCAACUUGACCAGGCAACCCUGGAAGAUCUCUUGAUGCCCAACUUCUCUUAUUCCAUGGAGACUCUUUACAAUGUUGACUGUGUGCAGCGAAUUCUUGAACACUUUCUGGCCAUGGAUCAGGUGACAGGUGGUGCCUCCCCUUCUUCAGUUGGCGACGGGCAUUUGAUGGGGUCUCCUUCUUUGACACCAAUAACAAUGGUAGCCAAGCUGAUUGAUGGAUACCUUGCCGAGGUAGCUCCUGAUGUUAAUCUGAAGCUCCCAAAGUUUCAGGCUCUAGCUGCUACUGUGCCUGACUAUGCCAGGCCCUUGGAUGAUGGUCUUUAUCGCGCAAUUGACAUUUAUCUGAAGUCACACCCAUGGUUGGCAGAGUCCGACAGAGAACAACUGUGCAGGCUUAUGGACUGCCAGAAACUCUCCUUGGAAGCAUGCACCCAUGCCGCGCAGAAUGAGAGGCUGCCCCUCAGAAUAAUAGUCCAAGUCCUCUUCUUCGAGCAGCUCCAGCUUAGGACUUCCAUCGCGGGCUGCUUCUUGGUGUCUGACAGCGUCGACGGUUCACGGCAAUUACGAAGUGGCUUGGCCGGGUCCACCGAAGGGGGCUGGGCUACAGCCGUGAGGGAGAAUCAGGUUCUGAAGGUGGGGAUGGAUAACAUGAGGUCGCGGGUGUCUGAGCUCGAGAAGGAGUGUUCGAACAUGAGGCAGGAGAUCGAGAAGCUAGGUCGGGUGAAGGGGUCGAGCCCCUGGGGAAGCGUGUCGAAGAAGUUCGGGUUCAAGAUCAAGUCUCAAAUGUGCAGUGCUCAAGAGGGGUCUGUUAGCAACCCCAAGACCGACAAGGCGAAAGACAAGCUCGGGAAGCACAGGUAAGAGAAAACUGUGACUCUGGACUGGACUGUAUUGGACUGGACGGGAUAAUUGAAUUCUUCUCCAUUCCCAUACUUUUUUAACUUCUCUUUGCUGUUACUUGUUUUCCCGGUUCCCUUCCCUUCUGCCUUGUUUGUGUCAUAUUUAUUCACCAAAAUCUGUUUUGGUCAUUCAAACCUGUAAUGAAGAUGAAUGAACUCUGCCGUCUCUAUCUAGUCUGUAAUGCCUUAUUGCCCAGUUCUGAUGGUGAUUGGUGACGGAGACUCA